GCAACUCGAUCUGAUAGACCCCAAAUAAGCAGGAUAUUUAAAUGAAUCGACAGCCCACCUGAUGUAGCUCCCCCAGCCGUCGUCUCAUCGAUCUGUGAUCAUCGUCGAGCCUCAUCGCCAAAAUGCGUGCCCAACUCCUUAUCUCCGCACUGCCCGUUCUGGGAGCACAGGGUCUGCGCAUCCUUCAAUCGAACGAUGACGGCUGGGCCGAGAACUACAUCCGCACGUUGAACGAUGCGCUCAACGCCGCUGGUCACGACGUCGUUCUUUCCGCCCCGGCCGAGAAUAAGUCCGGUUCUGGCUCAACCGACAUUGAACCUUCCCCGCGCAGCAGCGCUUGCGAGUACAACAGCUGCCCCGCGAACAGCGGCCCCAUCGGCACCAACGCCACCAACACGCGCCUGAACUGGGUGAACUCCUUCCCGGUAACCUCCGCGCGCUACGGCAUCGACACCAUCGCACCUCCCCUGUGGAACGGCGCAGCCCCCGAACUCGUCGUCUCGGGUCCCAAUGUCGGCGGCAAUUUAUGGCUUCAAGUCCCGUUUUCCGGCACCGUCGGCGUCGCCGUCUUCGCCAGCAAAGAGCGCGGGAUCCCCGCCCUCGCCUUCUCCGGCGCUGACGACACCCGCACCGCCUGGGACGCGAGCCCCGUUCCCGCCAGCAGCACCGUGUACGCACAGCUCGCGACCCAGCUCACCCAGGCCGUCAUCAAGUCCGGCACUCCGUAUCUUCCUGAAAACACCUUCCUCAACGUCAAUUUCCCUAGCGUCUCGGGUGCCUGCACUGAUCCUGCUAAGUUCAAGUGGGUGCUUAGCCGUAUCAACCCGGGUAUUUUCUCCGACAAGGAUGUUGAGACUUGUGGGACUAAUAGACUGCCUACUGAGACGAGUGUGAUUGAUGCGGGGAAUUGCCAGAUCUCGGUUAGUGUGGGGGAUUCGAAUGAUAAGACGACGGCGCCGGCGGAUAAGCAGGCUGUUGUGUUGAAGAAGCUGGGGAGCUUGUUGACUUGUAUUCAAUCGUAGGCCCUUGGAGGCUUGAAGGGGGGGGUUGGGGAGGAACUUCGAGUGUAUAUUUUAGGAUCUAAAAUUCUGUAGGAUGGGUAAUAGUUAGUUGUGUACGAUGAUGAUCAGGCUGGAUAGCACUGGUGCGAUACUUAGCUGUGAAGUUCUUGUUGGGAGACUUGCACCCUGAUUUGCGAACGAUGUCGCGGUGUAUGCGAAAUCUGAUAGCCUGGACAUGGUUUAGAACGCGAGGGUUCUUGCAGGUCGCGUCGCUGUACGGCCUGGGGGAAGGUAAUCAUCGUUCGGUUCCUGGAAGCACAUAGGCAUACGAUUAAUUGCACAUAUCUUGCCCAAA